AUGGCCCAGCCAUAUAGCAACCAGCUUGCCCUCGAGGCGCUGGACAACAUCACCAAGGAUCUAAGAGCCAAGGUCACCGACGAUACUAGGAAACAUGCUGCCCAACGAUUACGGGAGCUCGUUGCGAGCACCUGUCGAGACCAGCCUGGCGAUACCUUCACUGCCUUCUACAAUCAAGUCAAUGGCAAAAUCACAAGCCUAGUGCACAGCAACAUAUCUGCAGAUCGCCUUGGCGGCGUGUACGCCAUGGAUGCGUUGGCUGACUUUGAUGGUGUAGACGUUACGCUCAAAUACACGCGCUUUACUAACAACCUCAAAGGGAUCCUCCGAGGACAGGACAUUGUGCCCAUGCAACCAGCCGCCGUUGCACUGGGAAAGCUCUGUAGACCCGGCGGCUCUCUCAUCUCGGAGCUGGUGGAGUCUGAAGUCAAGACUUCACUUGAAUGGUUGCAGUCAGAACGAGUCGAGGAGAAGAGAUAUAGUGCUGUCCUUGUCCUGCGCGAGCUGGCUAGGAAUGCUCCCACCCUCAUGUACUCAUAUGUUAGCUUGAUCUUUGAUCUCAUCUGGGUUGGCCUCCGAGAUUCUAGGCAACUCAUCCGAGCCACAUCUGGUGAGACAGUUAGCGCCUGUUUCCGUAUCAUUCGGGAAAGAGAUCAAGAGAUGAAGCAGGCAUGGAUGACAAAGAUGUACAGCGAACUCAUUGUUGGGCUUCGCAUUAAUACUGUCGAGUCUAUUCAUGGCUCGCUCUUGGUGCUCAGGGAGUUGCUCGAGCAGGGAGGCAUGUUUAUGCAGGACCACUACCAGGACGCCUGCGAGAUUGUCUUCCGCCACAAGGAUCACAAGGAUCCCAUCAUAAGGAAAACGGUUGUCCUAUUGAUACCAAACCUCGCCAACUACGCCCCAGCCGAUUUCGCGCACUCAUAUCUCCACAAGUUUAUGCUUUAUCUUUCCGGCAUGUUGAAGAAAGAUAAGGAGCGUAACGACGCCUUCCUAGCUAUAGGCAACAUUGCCAAUUCCGUGAAGAGUGCUAUUGCACCUUAUCUGGACGGUGUUCUCAUUUACGUCAGGGAGGGUCUGAGCAUUCAGUCAAGAAGGAGAGGCUCCGUGGACCCCGUCUUUGACUGUAUAAGCAGAUUGGCAGUAGCCGUGGGCCAAACACUCAGCAAAUACAUGGAGGCUCUUUUAGAUCCGAUUUUUGCUUGCGAGCUUACGCCAAAGCUUACCCAGGCGCUGGUGGACAUGGCAUUCUACAUCCCGCCAGUCAAGGCAACUAUACAAGAGAGACUCCUUGAUAUGCUUAGCAAAGUCUUAUGCGGCGAACCUUUCAAGCCUCUCGGAGCACCGACUCCGAAUACUCUCUCCUCUGUACCCAUUAUUCCAAAGGACACGAAAGAUCCACAUGCCUACGAGCAUCGCAAAGCCGAGAUCAAGCUUGCACUCAACACUCUUGGCAGCUUUGACUUUUCUGGCCAUGUGUUGAAUGAGUUCGUCCGUGACGUAGCUAUAAAAUAUGUUGAAGAUGACGAUCCUCAGAUUCGAGAGGCGGCCGCCCUGACCUGUUGUCAGCUAUACGUCCGAGAUCCUAUUGUCAAUCAGACUAGCUAUCAUGCUUUGCAAGUGGUCGGAGAUGUGAUCGAGAAGCUACUUACUGUAGGCGUGGCUGAUCCAGAAGCCGACAUUCGACGAGUCGUGCUUGCGGCACUGGAUGAGAGAUUCGACCAUCAUUUGUCCAAGGCCGAAAACAUUCGAACUCUUUUCUUUGCGCUCAAUGACGAGGACUUCUCAAUACGUGAAGUGGCAAUCUCGAUUAUCGGCCGCCUUGCCCGGUAUAAUCCUGCCUACGUCAUACCAUCACUGAGAAAGACAUUGAUCCAGAUGCUCACAGAACUGGAGUACACCGAUGUAGCACGCAACAAAGAAGAGAGCGCAAAACUAUUAAGCCUUUUGGUGCAGAACGCUCAGGCUUUGAUCAAACCUUAUGUCGAGCCUAUAAUGGCUGUCCUUUUGCCCAAGGCGCGGGAUCCCAGCUCAGCUGUUGCGGCUACUAUCCUCAAGGCUAUUGGGGAGCUUUGCACCGUUGGAGGGGAAGAUAUGCUCAAACACAAGGACGAGCUGAUGCCAAUUAUCAUUGACGCUCUGCAGGAUCAAAGCUCAACCCCGAAACGCCUUGCGGCUCUGCAUACCCUCGGCCAGCUUGCGAGCAAUAGCGGUUACGUGAUUGAUCCGUAUCUUGAGUAUCCCCAGUUACUCGAGUUAUUACAGAACAUCAUCCGUGCCGAGCCUCAACGCGGACCUUUGCGCCAGGAGACUAUUAAGCUCAUGGGUAUCCUUGGUGCGCUGGAUCCAUACAGACACCAGCAGGUUGAAGAGCGAACGCCCGACGCCGCCAAGAAUGCCGAGUCCACAAGAAUGACUGACAUCUCGCUUAUGAUGACUGGCCUGACGCCAUCGAGCAAGGAGUAUUACCCUACGGUCGCUAUCAAUGCGCUUCUGAACAUUCUCAAAGACCAGUCACUUCAGCAACAUCAUGCAAGUGUUAUUGAAGCGAUCAUGGCCAUCUUCAGAACCCUGGGAUUAGAAUGUGUUUCUUUUCUAGAUCGCAUCAUUCCCGCUUUCCUUCAGGUCAUCAAAACAUCGCCUCUGAAUAGGCUAGAGUCUUAUUUCAAUCAACUUGCAACAUUGGUGAGCAUUGUACGCCAACACAUUCGAAACUUCCUUCCAGAGAUUGUGGGAACAUUAAGAGAAUACUGGGGCCGUGCAUCAGGAUCUUUGCAAUCUACCAUACUAUCUUUGGUUGAAGCCAUCUCCCGGUCGCUUGAAGGCGAGUUCAAGGUCUAUUUGGCGGGCCUAUUACCAAUGAUGCUGAGUGUCCUCGACAAAGAUGCAUCUACCAAGAGAAUCCCAUCUGAAAGAGUUUUACAUGCUUUCUUGGUGUUUGGUGCUAGUGCUGAAGAAUACAUGCAUCUCAUUGUCCCGGUUAUUGUUCAGACUUUUGAGAAGCCCGGCCAACCGACAUUCCUUCGAAAGUCAGCAAUCGAAACCAUUGGCAAGAUAUCACGUCAAGUCAAUCUGAAUGACUAUGCCGCCAAGAUCAUCCACCCAUUGGCUCGAGUUCUCUCGACGAGUGGCGAGUCUUCGCUUCGUCUGGCAGCCCUUGACACUCUGUGCGCUCUCAUCCAGCAGCUGGGCAAGGAUUACCUCCAUUUCAUGGGCACCGUGAACAAGGUGCUUCAGAUGUACCCGAUUCAACACCAGAACUACGAUCUUCUUAUCAGCAAGCUGCAAAAGGGCGAAGUGCUACCCCAAGAUCUCAGCUCGCAGGCUGGAUUUGCCGAUCAGCCUGAUGAACCAUCAUUCGCCGAACUGGGUGGAAAGAAACUCGAGAUGAACGCCAUUCAUCUGAAAAGUGCAUGGGAUACCAAGGGCAAAUCGACCAAGGAGGAUUGGCAAGAGUGGCUCCGCCGAUUCAGCACGACGCUGCUGACCGAAUCCCCAAACCACGCGCUUCGUGCAUGUGCCGUCCUUGCCAGUGUUUACCUGCCGUUGGCGCGUGAACUAUUCAACUCUGCCUUUGUGAGCUGCUGGAGUGAGCUCUAUGAACAGUUCCAAGAUGAGUUGAUUGCAAACAUCGAGAACGCAAUCAGAUCUGAAAAUGUCCCCCCCGAUUUGCUGGGUUUGCUUCUAAACCUUGCCGAGUUUAUGGAGCACGACGACAAGGCUCUACCCAUCGACAUUCGGGUGCUGGGACGAGAGGCUGCACGUUGUCACGCGUACGCAAAAGCACUUCAUUACAAGGAGCUGGAAUUUUUGCAAGAUCAGAGUGGACCUGCCGUCGAAGCAUUGAUCGUUAUCAACAAUCAACUUCAACAAUACGAUGCUGCUAUUGGCAUUCUCCGUAAGGCACAGUUGUACAAAGACGGCAUCCAGCUCCGAGAAACUUGGUUUGAAAAGCUAGAAAGGUGGGACGAGGCUCUUGCCUUCUAUAACAAGCGUGAAAAAGAGGUGCCGCCCGAUCAGGCUGUCCCUAUUGAUAUCGUUAUGGGAAAGAUGCGGUGUUUGCACGCUCUGGGAGAGUGGGACGCAUUGGCCAAUAUUGCUGGCAAUGCUUGGUCGAACUCAGCCCCGGAAAUUCAACGCCGAAUUGCAGGCCUCGCAACUGCUGCUGCUUGGGGCCAAGGCAAGUGGGAUUCCAUGGACAAGUACCUACAAUCCAUGAAACAUCAAUCCCCUGAUCGCUCAUUCUUUGGGGCAAUCUUGGCGUUGCAUCGCAAUCAAUUCCAGAAGGCAGCAGAUUGCAUUCAGCAGACCCGUGAAGGCCUCGACACAGAGCUUAGUGCGCUCGUGAGCGAGUCAUACAACAGAGCUUAUCAAGUCGUCGUCCGUGUGCAAAUGCUCGCGGAGCUUGAAGAACUGAUUGUAUACAAACAAGCAGACCACGAGAAGAAGGACACCAUCCGAAGGACUUGGGAGGCGCGUCUGAAGGGAUGCCAACGUAAUGUGGAGGUAUGGUCCCGGAUGCUUAGAUUGCGUAACCUGGUCAUUACACCACAAGAGAACAUGAACAUGUGGAUCAAGUUUGCGAACCUCUGCAGGAAGUCCAAUCGCAUGGGCCUGGCCGAAAAGUCGCUCAUGCAGCUGAUUGGCAUCGAACAACCGCUCGAGACUGUCAUCCCUUACUGGGGCGAUGCUGAACUGGGCAUGUCGAGACAACCCGGCCGGCCACAUGUUGGCCAUGGCAUCCCGCCUCAAGUUAUUUACGCGGUCCUGAAGUACCAGUGGGAGCUCGGCCAAGGGCCCAAGUUGCGGAACACUGGCUACGAUGAGAAGAUUCUGGCGUGCCUCCGACAAUUCACCGAAGACACAGCCUUGGCCUUUGAGAUGAACCGAACGAGCAUCGCCGCCGAGCUGCCGAAUAUGCAAAAUGGCCAGAAUCUGGAUAUGCAUCUAGCUAUGCACUCACGCAAAGCUCCGCAACACGCACUUGAGGCACUGCAAGAGCAGACAGAGUUGCUUGCCAAGUGCUAUCUGAGGCAGGGAGAAUGGCAAGUUGCCUUGAACAAGAAUGCAUGGCAGUACAGCAAUGUCCAAGAUAUCUUGGCGGCUUACUCUCAGGCGACCAAAUACAGUCCCAAGUCGUACAAGGCAUGGCAUGCCUGGGCGCUGGCCAACUUUGAAAUUGUUCAAGCACUCACCGCAUCACAAAACGACCGGACAAUACCGCGACCAGACGCGGCUGUGAUUGUCAAUCACGUUGUGCCGGCUGUUCAAGGCUUCUUCAAAUCCAUUGCAUUAUCCUCCGGCAGCUCUCUACAGGACACCCUUAGGUUGCUUACACUGUGGUUUGCUCAUGGAGGCAGCAACGAAGUUAACAGCGCAGUGGUCUCAGGGUUUGCUACUGUCAGCGUCGACACGUGGCUUGAAGUCAUCCCACAGCUGAUUGCUAGAAUCAACCAGCGCAACGUGCGGGUUCGACAGUCGAUUCACAAUCUGUUGGCUGACGUCGGGCGUAACCAUCCCCAAGCCCUGGUGUACCCACUCACAGUUGCUAUGAAGUCAUCGCAAAGCUCACGUCGAUCACAGUCGGCUGCGCAGAUCAUGGAUAGUAUGCGUGCUCACAGCCCCAAGUUGGUCGAACAGGCCGACAUUGUCAGCCACGAGUUGAUCAGAGUUGCCGUAUUAUGGCAUGAGCAGUGGCAUGAAGGCCUGGAAGAGGCAUCCCGUCUCUACUUUGGAGACCACAACAUCCAAGGCAUGUUCGCCACCCUGGGACCGCUCCACGACCAGCUCGAGGCAGGACCGGAGACUCUCCGAGAGGUCAGCUUCGCGCAGACCUUCGGACGCGAUCUGGCAGAAGCCCGCGACUGGUGCCGCCAGUACGAGCAGAGCCAGGAUGUGAAUGAUCUCAACCAAGCGUGGGAUCUGUACUACCAGGUCUUUAGGAGGAUUGGUCGUCAACUCCCACAAAUGACAUCCCUCGAGCUCAUGUACUGCUCCCCAAAACUGCAGCACUCCAACAAUCUUGACCUGGCUGUGCCCGGUACUUACAAGAGUGGCGCGCCCGUUGUCCGCAUCAUCAAAUUCGACUCGACAUUCAGCGUCAUCAAUUCCAAGCAGCGGCCGCGAAAGUUGAAUGUCACGGGCAGCGACGGCACGUCGUACGCUUUCCUGCUCAAGGGCCAUGAAGAUAUCCGACAGGACGAACGUUGCAUGCAGCUUUUUGGAUUAUGCAACACGCUACUUGCAAACGAUUCGGAAUGCUACAAACGUCACCUCGGCAUCCAACGCUAUCCCGCGAUUCCCCUUAGUCAAAAUUCUGGCCUGCUUGGCUGGGUGCCCAACAGCGAUACUCUUCAUGUGCUUAUUAGAGAAUAUCGCGAGAGCAGAAAGAUUCUCCUUAAUAUUGAGCACCGCAUCAUGCUACAAAUGGCCCCUGAUUACGACAAUUUGACACUGAUGCAGAAGGUGGAGGUGUUUGGCUACGCGCUUGAUAACACAACCGGCCAAGAUCUGUACCGCGUUCUCUGGCUCAAGAGCAAGUCAUCCGAGGCGUGGCUGGAGCGACGCACCAACUACACCCGCUCACUCGGUGUGAUGAGCAUAGUAGGCUACAUCCUGGGUCUGGGAGAUCGUCACCCCAGCAAUCUCAUGCUUGACCGCAUCACUGGCAAAAUCAUUCACAUUGAUUUCGGCGAUUGUUUUGAGGUUGCUUGCAAACGCGACAAGUAUCCGGAGCAAGUGCCGUUCCGUCUUACACGGAUGCUUACUUACGCCAUGGAAGUCAGCAACAUUGAAGGUAGCUUCCGCAUCACCUGUGAGCAUGUCAUGCGCGUCCUCCGUGAGAACAAGGAGAGUGUCAUGGCUGUGCUUGAAGCUUUCAUUCACGAUCCCCUCCUGACUUGGCGUCUUACGAAGACUGCCUCACCAGCGGGACCGAACUUCACGUCUGACAACACUCACGGCCCACGAGCGCGCCGCCCAUCGAUACUGGAUGCUGAACACCCGCCUUCCGAGUAUCUGGCAGCUCAACAACAUGCGCCCGAGGCUUCAGUCACGGCUGGCGGGCCUCCUCGACCGCGUGCUCGCACUAACUCGAGUGCGAUGCCCAAUGGAAUCGACGGAGCAAUGGAAGCAGAUCCGCAGAACGCUCGUGCUCUCGAGGUUCUCGACCGAGUCUCUCAAAAGCUGCAUGGCCGUGACUUCAAGCCGGGCGAGGAGCUCGAGGUCAAUGCUCAGGUGAAUAAACUCAUCAUGGAGGCCACCAGACUGGAGAAUCUGUGUCAGCAUUACAUAGGAUGGUGCUCUUUCUGGUAA